AUGGCCCCUCCGGCCAAGUCGCUAGCCUGGACAGCCUUGGGGUUGUCUCGUUGGAGGUGGGUACGGUCCCUUGCUCAGCGGCUAUUGCAGCAUCUCUGCUCGCUGAUGCUCAUGCACGACAGUCAGCCUUCUUCUCUUAGCUGCUCCUCGUCGCUCUGCUCCGCGCCGCUGCUCGCCGCCGCUCCUCACGCCCCUCCUGCCCAGUCGCCAGUACCCAGUACCCCCCUCGUCGUCUCUGCGCUAACAAACACAUCGCCCGCACGGCAGCAUGGCUAUGCUUUGGUGCUCCAUCAAUGGAUGGAAGCUUGCAGCUCACUGCUUAACUUGAUGCAAGACCAGCGGCGAGUCGCACUACCAGUACCCCCUCCCCCCGGUCACCUGAAGUCGCUCCCACUCCCACCCCCCUCCUCUCUCUCGCACACGCCUCUUGUCGUUGACCACUCCCCCCGACCCGAGGUGCGCCUCAGCUGCCGCGACGUCAACCACCAUCUCGGUAUUCCCGCCGCAAUCAUGCUUGAGGCGACCUAUAUGGACCAGCUUCAAUCCACCAGCGGCCUCUCCGAUCCCAUGGAUAUUUCCGAUGCCUCAACCACGAUAGCUUCUCCGCCAUCCUCCGACUUCCCUGAGCUCAUGCCCUUCACUGCUUCAUCUUCCUACCAUAUGAGCGCCGACUGCAGCUUGCCAUUCAGCCCCCCGGCCUCGUCUAUAGCCUCGCCACCAAUGCCGCACGUGGCGAAGCAAUACGCCUUGUACACUGAGAGCUCGCUCGCCCAUCUACCUAGCCCUCCCACCAGUGCAAAGAUGUUCUACCCGCAGCAUUGGAAUGCUAAUUUUGGUCUGGACCAUGGCCCCGGCCCAAACGAAGACGUCGCGAUCCCUCAAGAAUUUUACAUGCAAGAGCGCUGCACACCGGACCCGGAUUCGUACCUUAGCAGCUACCCUCUGGCUGACUCGCAGAGCCCGUCGCUUCUCAACCAAUCCGUUCCCUACUUUGCGCCCGUUCCUCAUCUUGGCAGCAAUGGCCCUCCCAUGAUGCAUAGUAGCACUAUGAACUCAGAGGAUAGCCCAAAAACGCUGGAAACGUUCUCUGAAGUGAGCACACCAGGCGAAGAGUCUAAGUCAGAGGCCGCACCAUCCAAAAGAGCCUCGAGGAAGCGCUCAACUUGCACUACCCCUGAGGCCAGUAAGGAGGACGGAGAUUCCGACCAGGAUUCACACUACGAAGCUGAUUCCAGCCCGCGUCGUGAUAGCAGCGGGAGGAAGCCGAGGAAGCGUGCGGCUCCCAAGCGGUCUAGCGCCUCUCGGAUCGCAUCAAUCGAUGUUGGAGAGUAUCAAAACUGCUUUGGUGACAUGAUUGCACCUCGACUCAAGGAAAACUGCCCCAAAGAGGAGCGCUGCAUCUUCCUGUCACGCUGGCAGCACCGAGACAAGAAAGGGCAGGAUAUGUGGGACAGCAUACAAGAGGACUACUUUAGAGAGUUCGACAAGGAGCAAUGCAAGGAGACGCUUCAGAUGAAGCUCACUCGGGGUCGAUCCAAGUACAUUGAGUGGUACGUCAAGGAUGAGGAGAUUCUUUUGCAGGCGUGGCAGAACAUGGAGCGCAAUCGGUACAAGACAUUGCUUGACGAAUUUCACAGACUUGGAGGCUCGCGCAACAUGCUGCUGAAUCCAAGCGAUAUCGAAGUCAAGGUAGUUGCAGAUAUGAGGCUGGAAGAUGAGGUUUACAGUGGGCAUAUGCACGAGAUGGAGCUCCGGCGCCGCUUCCGACUAUGGUGGGGAAAGAAGAAGACGGGAGGCCGAAACACGGAAGAGCUCAACACCUCCUACAGCGGCCCUUCUUUGUUUGGCCGACCAGUGGACGUCGAUGAGGUUCUUGAUCAAGUGGUGGAGCAUCAACUGGACGGCGCGGAACGCAGAGGCUCGGGGCAGCGACGCAAGCGCAGCAGCGCAAAGCCAAGCCGGGUAUUGAAGAAGAUCAAACUGGAGAAGGACUGA